AAAUGAUCUGUUCUACUGGCAAUAUCCAUAUGGGUGAAUAAAAUAGUUAUAUCGUAUGCACAGAGUAUUUUUAUUAUAAUCGUAUCGUAUGUUUACCUUCAGCCACAUCGCCAUUAUCGCUGAGUGUAGAGUAUCGCUUUAUUAUCAUAUACCUGACCCAACCUAUGCAUCAUCAUAGCAUUGUCACUUCACCAUCGAGCGUUGACCGCAGCUGAUUACUCGCGACGCGUCUUCACAAGCAGCAUCACUCGGCCGCCGACAUAGCUCAAGCGGUUCACGAAAGACGUGCCUGUUCCAGUUUUCACGGAGGGAGUCGUCGCGUCUUGCUGGCGGGCGGAGGCUACGUCUGCGGGGGUGAGGGCGGGCGGCGGGCGCGUGGCGCCGCCCAGACGUCCGCCUACGCUUUGCGUCGCGCGACGUGCCCUCGCUGCCACCGCACACCGCGGCCGCCGGGCCGCCGGGCCGCGCGCCCCGCCACACGCCACACACGCGACACACGCGACACACGCGCGACACGACACUGCUACUCCUGUGGGUAACACUAAGAUGGCGCACUGGCAGCGCCGGCCCCAGCGCGCGGCGUGAGCCCCCGUGGGACACCCUGUACAUGAGAGCAGGCCCGAGCGGCGCGCAAGAGCAUGGCUUCGUUCAAAGACUGGCUGACGGUGACGUGGGCGCAGGGCGGCAUGCCGCUGCAGGGCGACGGCGCCGGCGACGCGCUCGACUCCGUCAGGGGAAGAUGUGGUCGCGCGGGCAGCCUGGCGGCGAACCCUGGGGAGAAACUUCUGGAGCUGCUGCGUCCCAGCAGCGCCACCCCCCGCCGGCACUCCACCGCGGCGUGUGCGCCCCCCGCGGCCCCUGCACCCCGCCCCGCCCCCGCACACGUCCCACCGCGAGGCUUCGUGUACUGCCCCUCGGAUGCACUGCCGUACUGUCCGCCGAGCCGCCUGGCGCCGCCGCCCGCACCCAUCAUUAAGUUGGCGCCCCCUCCGCAGCCCGUGGUGGCGCCCCCGCCCGUGCCAGCGCGCGUGGUGGGGGCGCCCGCGCUGCCGGUGCCGCCGCCCGCGCCCCCGCGCCGCGCCUCCCCGCUGCCGCCCCGCCGCGCGCCGCCACCAACCCCCCCUCGCCCUGUCCAGAACGACCAGAACGGAAAUAUGAAACGAACAGUGGCGCCGGUGUCGCCGCAACCGAGACUAGAUUGUAACCGCAACCCGCAGCCGCUGCUCGGGCGGCGCCUGCAGCGCUCGCAGCCCGAGGCGCCGUACAUCGCGCCCGUGCAGACCGGCCCGCCGCCGCGCCGCUCGCCCAGCGCCGGCUCCAACAUCAGCGUACGCCAGGACUCCAACGUCUCCUCGGACUCGUUCAGCCAGACCUCGUCCCCCUCCUACACCACCAAGACCAUGGAGACUCCGUUAUUACCGCACCAGAGCAUCAACAAGAGCCUGAACGCGAAGAUCGCGCGCCAGCUGCUGCUGAAGGAGGCGGCGGAGGCGCAGGCGGGGGCGGCGGGGGCGGGGGGCGCGGGGGGCAUCACCAAGAGCGCCUCCACGCCGGCCGCGCUACAGACCAUCGUGCGCCUGCAGGCCGGCAGCAACCUGUCGCUGCACCACCGGAUGCUGCGCGACAUGCGCGCGGGCGCGGGGUCGGCGCAGCGGUUCCGGCUGCUGCAGCUGGCGCUCAACGCCGUCGCGCUCCUCGCCAUCAGCGCCGCGCUGUUCGCCUACUUCCAGGCGAACCCGGCUGUUCAGUACGUGUCCCAAGUGGUGAACCGCUCCUCGGUGGCGCCCCCGCCGGCGCCCACGGAGCCGGCCUGGGCGCGCAACCCGGCGCCCGGCGUGUGUCUGCCGGUCAUCGUGACCUUCUGCCAGCAGCACAAAGUCAGCUACAACUUCACCGUGUUCCCGAACUACAUUGGGCAUUUUGGGCAGAGGGAUGCUCAGCAGGACCUGGAGAUCUACGACGCGGUGGUGGACGUGCGCUGCUACGAGCUGACGGCGCUGUUCCUGUGCUCCCUGUUCGUGCCCAAGUGCGGCCCGCUGGGGCACAUGGUGCGCCCGUGCCGGAGUCUGUGCCAAGAAACCAUGCGUCGCUGCGGCUUCUUCCUCGAGGUGUUCGGGCUGUCGAUGCCGGAGUACCUGCAGUGCGAGAUCUUCCCCGAGUCCGCGGACACGGACGUGUGCCUCGGCAACCGCGAGGUCAAGGAGGCGCGCUUCCGCGCCGCCAAGCCCGUCUGCCCCUCCGGCUUCCAAUGCGACGUGAAGCGCUGCAUCCCGGCGGACUGGCGCUGCGACGGCCACGUGGACUGCCGCGACCGCUCGGACGAGCUCAACUGCCGCGUGUGCGCGCGCUCCGGCGACGUGCACUGCGGGCAGCAGCGCUGCGUGUCGCACGCGCACAUGUGCGACGGCAAGCCCGACUGCCCGUGGGGGCAGGACGAGAGGAACUGCUUGAGACUGAGCGAAUCAAACGGCGACAUCGGGCGCGGCGAGCUGCAGGUGUACCGCGCCGCCAACCAGUCCUGGUACCCGGCCUGCCUGGCCACGCUGGACGAGCCCACCGCCGCCCGCCUGUGCUCCAUGCUGGGCUACUCCUGGCUGAACACCAGUCUAUCCGUGGGCGGCGGCGACGCGCGCGCGGCCGGGCUCCGCGGCGCCGCGCAGUCCUAUCGCAACUUCCUGCGCAACGAGGGCGGGCUGCUGCGCGAGCUGCGCGAGUGUCGACAUGACACCUCGCAUGUGCAUUUAGUGUGCCAUAAUUAUGAGUGCGGCAAGCGGCGCACCACAGGCGGCGCUCGCAAGCGCAUCGUGGGCGGCGUGGAGGCGUCCCCGGGCGACUGGCCGUUCCUCGCCGCCAUCCUGGGCGGGCCCGAGGAGGUGUUCUACUGCGCCGGAGUAUUGGUGGCUGACCAGUGGGUGCUCACCGCCUCGCAUUGUGUUGGCAAUCACUCGGACGUGGAGGGCUGGACCAUCCAGCUGGGCAUCACCCGGCGGCGCGCGCACGCCUACUACGGACAGAAGGUGAAGGUGCGCCGCGUCGUGCCGCACCCGCUGUACAACUACGGCGUGGCGCAUGACAAUGACAUCGCGCUGUUUCAGCUGGACGUGCGGGUGCGCUACCACGAGCACCUGUCGCCGGUGUGUCUACCACCACCGGGCCGCGAGCUGCCUCCCAACACCCUGUGUACUGUCAUCGGCUGGGGCAAGCGCGACGACAAGGACAUGUCCGAGUACGAGCCGGCAGUGAACGAGGUAGAAGUGCCAGUCCUGCACCGGGACCUGUGCAACCAGUGGCUGGAGCACCGCGACCUCAACGUCACCGAGGGCAUGAUCUGCGCCGGAUACCCCGAGGGCGGGAAGGAUGCCUGCCAGGGUGACUCCGGCGGGCCGCUGCUGUGCAAGGAGCCGUCGGACCCGACGCGCUGGUACGUGGGCGGCAUCGUGUCGUGGGGCAUCAAGUGCGCGCACCCGCGCCUGCCCGGCGUCUACGCGUAUGUGCCCAAAUACGUGCCGUGGAUCCUGGAGCAGAUGAGUCUGUACGACUCUCAGCACGCGCGGCGCGGCGGCGGCGGCGGCGGCGGGGGCGGGGGGGAGGACGACUGAGAACACUCGCGGCGCAACCGGCAACGCCUGCUCGAGCGAGUGUAGGCGGCCGGCUUGCGCACGCGCAACCAUUAACAACACAAGGACUUACCCACUUGUUAUACUCUAGGAGAAUAUUGUAGAGGUCCCUCAACAAAUGCCAGUUGUUGGGGAACCGAAAAGGGAGAUGGAAUACUUGACAAUAAUACUUAAACCAUGACA